AUGUCUUUGAAGCGGCUCAACACAGACACGCCGAUGCGGCAGCACGAAGGCUCGCUGCUGUCGCCGGUCGCUUACGACGACGACGCCGCAUCACUGCACUCGCGCAGCGACCAGGAUUCCGACAGCGACGACGACCAGCUGCAGCAGGCAGCCCGCAACAGCCGCGAGCUGCGAGCCCACGACCGCAUCGUUUUGGUCGAGGAGGACGACAUUGACCGCCUCGUGACCGACUCGCGCAAGAAGCAGGAGAGCGAGCGCCGCGGCUCCGGCCUCGCGGUGCCCAACCCCCUUAAUCUCUUCCGCCGCCCAAGCCUGUCGGGCUUGUCGGUAUCCUCAGCCGCCAGCUCCGUCGAUGACUUGCGGCUGAACCACGCGGAGAGGCGCAAGCGUCGCCGGGAGCGCCGCCGGCGCAAGAAGGAGGCGCUGAUGGAGCGCGCUGAGCACGGCGAGGACGGCGAGCUCAUGUACGAGAUGGAGGAGGGCGGCUUCAAGGAGGGCAGUAGCACCGGCGACAGCAGCGAACGCGACGACAGCGACGAGAUGGAUAGGCGGCGUCUGGGGCUGGUGGCGCAGGAGCAUGUGCAGAGGAGGCGCAGCUGGCGGCGCUGGCUUUUGAUACACGCACUGAUCGCGAUUGGCUUUACGAUUCUCGUGCUUGUCGCCUGGAAGCUGACCAAAGCAAAGAAGCACGCCGGUGCCGCUGUCAAGGAUCGAUUUGUGAGCAAUGGCACGGCGCUGUUUGGACCGACGACGCUGGUCGUGAGCUUGGACGGCUUCCGUGCCGACUUUUUGAGCCGCGGUCUGACGCCAAACUUGAAUGCCUUUGUCAAAGAGGGCAUCUCGCCGCGAUAUAUGCUUCCGUCAUUCCCGUCGGUGACGUUUCCAAACCACUACACGCUGGCGACGGGCCUUUAUCCUGAAGCGCAUGGCGUCGUGGGCAACACGUUUUGGGAUCCGGAGCUCGAGGCCGAGUUCUACUAUACGGAUCCAAACCGCAGCCUGGAUCCCAAGUGGUGGGGUGGUGAGCCGUUUUGGGCCACGGCAGAGAAGCAGGGCGUCCGAAGUGCCGUUCACAUGUGGCCUGGAAGUGAAGCUCACAUUCUCAACAUUGAGCCCAGCGUCAUGGACAAGUACAAUGGUGAUGAGAAGCUUGACAACAAGGUUACGAGAAUCAUGGAAUUUUUGGACAUGCCUGGCAAGGAAGACGAAUCUGCCAACCCUGAGCACUGGCGUCCUCAGCUUAUCGCCGCCUACGUGCCCGAUGUUGAUGCUGAUGGACACAAGUACGGCCCCAACAGCACCGAAAUUCGCAGCACAAUUCAAGCUGUGGAUGCUAUGAUGGGCAACAUCUUUCAGGGUUUGAAAGCGCGCAAUCUCACCGAUAUUGUCAACGUCGUGGUCGUGUCGGAUCACGGCAUGGCCACGACGGACAGGACGCGACUGCUACAGCUCGAGGACCUGGUCGACACGAGCAAAAUUGAGCAUAUUGACGGUUGGCCGCUUAUGGGCCUCCGACCCAAGGACCCUAAAGACACGCAGUCACUGUACGAUGGGCUCAGGGAAAAGGCGAAUGCGACGUCCAGCAUCGAGGUGUACAUGCGAGACGUGGACAUGCCCGAGCGCUACCAUUUUUCUAAGAAUGAGCGCAUCGCACCUCUUUGGAUCGUGCCCAAGACAGGCUGGGCAAUUGUUCAGAAACACGAGUUUGAUCUCGCGACAGCUGCCGAAGACGAGGUUUACCACCCGCGUGGCCUGCACGGCUACGACCACGAGCAUCCGCUGAUGAGGGCCAUUUUCAUCGCCAGAGGACCAGCGUUUCCGCACCCAGCGAAUAGCAGAAUGCAACCAUUCCGUGAGUUGAUAUAUGCGGCGCGAGACGAUGUAUACUGUCGCGAGACUGACAAGGAUGAAACUAUUUUAGAAAACAUUGAGCUGUACAAUCUGCUGUGCGACUCGGUCGGCAUCACUCCUGAGCCAAACAACGGCACUCUGAGGCUACCGCUGAAGCCUGAUGGCACACAUACGGAUGAGGUGGCGGAGGAGCAGGACCCUGUGCUGACAAAAGACGCGACAGAGUCGGCAUUGCCAUUCACAAGUACACAGUCGUCGAGUACAAGCGGCGAAACGACCGAGGCGCAGCCCUCUCCGACACUGGUGACGGGGACGGAAGGGGCGCCGGCGGCACCCGAGGAGACGGGGCCCGCGAGGACAGACAGCGAAGAUGAUGGCGAGGAAAAGGACGAGAGCGACGAGGGAAAUGGUGAGGAGAAAGAUCACGGUAUCUUGGGCUCGUUUGUGGGCGCUGUGGGGAAUGCAUGGGACUGGCUCUCAGGACAGGCUGGCAAGGUCUGGAAUAACAUUACUGGUGGACCACAAUAG